UUCACUUUUGUGACAUUUUUAAUCAACAAAGUGGUCUUACAAACUUCUUUCUCUUCAUUUAUGACAUUUAUGCUACCAAUGUAAAUGAUGACCCAAUGAUCUUCUCUCCUUAUUAUGAUGAUUAUGUUGUUCGUUCCGAUAACUCUGGGUUAUUGAAGGUUACCAUAAAGCCUAAUACAACUGGCGUUCAUGAACCAAAUGCAUUUUUAAACGGGCUAGAACUAAUGAAAGUGAUUGAAGCGUCGGGUUUGGCUGACUUAGACGAUUCUGAUUCAAAGAAGGUUAGUCUUCCUGUGGUGGUUGGUGCGGCUGUUGGAGGUCUAGUUUUGGUUUCUGUUGUUUUUGUUGUUGUUUUUUGGAUUAGUAAAAUCAGGAAACAAAAGGCUGUUGAGAAUUCCGAUUGGUUGCCAAUUCCAGCAGCAGCUGGAGGAGGGAGUUCUCAUAGCAGAUUAUCUGAUAAUAACCUUAGAUUGAAAAUCUCCUUGCUUGACCUUCAAUUCGCAACCGAGAACUUCAAUGCGAAGAGGAUAAUUGGAAAGGGCGGUUUUGGAAUUGUUUAUAAGGGAGUUCUCAAGAAUGGAAUAAGUGUGGCAGUGAAAAGAAGUGAGCCAGGUUCAAGUCAAGGACUUCAUGAAUUUCAUACCGAGAUAAUUGUUUUGUCGAAGAUUCGUCACACACACCUUGUUUCCUUAAUUGGGUAUUGUGAUGAAAGGUAUGAGAUGAUACUUGUUUAUGAGUAUAUGGAAAAAGGUACACUUAAAGACAAUUUGUACAAUAGUAAAAAUAUGCCUUGUUUGACUUGGAAGCAAAGGCUUGAGAUUUGUAUUGGUGCUGCUAGAGGUCUUCAUUACCUUCACAAAGGAGCAACCGGAGGAAUCAUUCACCGCGAUGUGAAAUCCACAAACAUACUGCUUGAUGAGAAUCAUGUAGCUAAAGUUGCGGAUUUUGGUCUUUCGAGAACCGGUCCUCUCGAUCAGCAUUCUUAUGUCAGCACAGGUGUUAAAGGAACUUUUGGGUAUCUUGAUCCUGAGUACUUUAGAUCACAACAACUGACAGAAAAAUUUGAUGUCUAUUCAUUUGGGGUGGUUCUACUUGAAGUGUUGUGUUCAAGACCAGCGAUUGAACCGUCGCUUCCGAGGGAACAGGUGAACUUGGCUCAAUGGGGAUUGUUUUGCAAAGAUAAAGGAAUGCUAGAAGACAUCAUUGAUAAUUCCAUUAAGGGACAAAUUGAUCCAAACUCACUUAAAAAGUUUAGUGAGACAGUGGAAAAAUGCUUACAAGAUGAUGGUUGUGAUAGGCCUACAAUGGGUGAUGUUUUGUGGGACUUGGAAUAUGCUUUGCAGCUUCAGAAAGGUGCAAUACACAGAGAACCACAUGAGGAUAGUUCUAUCAGUCCUUCUGUUUCAAUUCAGUUGUCGAACAUUCGGCAUUUGCCUUCUCUGUCUACACUGAGAGAAGUGGAUGACAUGUCUACUGGGAGGGUUGAUGAAUCUAAUUGUGCAGCAGAUUCUGUUUUCUCACAGUUGAAGAUUGAGGAAGCCAGAUAGAAUUUCAUGUCAUGUUCUUCAAGACACAAUGAUCAACUCUCAAGUGGAGGAGCUGUUUUUUUAGAUAGCUCACUCCUCUGUUUUGUCCUUGGUAAUGGUUGUAAGAUUAAUGAUGUCUAUUUCUGACGAAUGCAAUAAAUUGUUGGUAAUUACUAUUAGCUGCAUUAUGUACAGCACUUAUUUAGUCUAUACUUUGGCCAGCAAUGCUAGUAGAUACUAGAUUAUGAUUCAGUUUUCUUCUCUUUUUUUGGGUAUCAAUGUCAUGCAAAUUAUGUUGGAUCAUUGAUCCAACAUUUGACUCAGGAGCAUGAAGCGUGAAAGGAUGCAUGGUUGGCAUU